AUGGCAACUGUGAUUCAACAGUCGUUAUUGCUCGCCGUGCAAGAGCUGCUCUCGCGUUUCUAUAGUUCGCAAACUAAUAACGAAGAAAAAAAAGCCAUAGAAUUACAACUACAGGAGCUGCAAACUACAUCAUUUAAUUGGCGCACUUGUUUGGCAUACUUGAAUACAUUCGACAAUUCGCAUUUAUGGUUUUUUGCUGCCACCACGAUCGAACGUACGGUUAACUUUCUGUGGAACCAUCUCAACCCGAUGGAUCAAACACAACUUCACACGGGGUUGUUCGAUUUGUUCAUUAACUACCCGACAGAUGUGCCGGCUCUGCAACGAGACAAGGUAGCCAAGAUUAUUGCGACCAUUGCACGACAGCAGUGCAUCAGCAACGAAAAUAACUACGAGGAAUUUGUAACCCAUGUGCUGCAGCUGAUGGAAAACAAGUUUUUCCUUGGAAUGGCACUAGUUGCUGCCAUCGGUGAUACCGUUACGUCAGCGGAGAACACUCAAGCAACAAACUUUACAGACACUGUAAGCCGUCACACACCGAAUAUUAUGCAGGCACUGAACAAAUACUGCACCGUCUUUGUAAUACUGGUACGAGGUGGAAGUCAGCCAACUGUUUUCGAUUCCAUGAACGAUGAACGAAAAAAUCAACAUUGCUCUCAACUGUUGAACAUCAUACAGCAGUAUUUUAGCUGGAUGAAGUUGGAGCAAGUGGAACCGUUGAUGGUCGGCAACAUCUCGUUCAUCGCCUGCUCUUGGCAAAUGCUGCGUGACGGAGCGAUUGAAGCGAUCGGUGCAUUAACUGAGUUGCUGUAUCGCAACGAAUCCCUCACACAUGAAGCAGGACAGCAAUUGGCACAAGGCGUGUACCACAUCUUAGCUCAAGAAACUAUUAAAGCGUCCGAUGACUUGUAUCAAGAGAAAGUGUGCGAUCUGGUCCGGCAAUACAUUAAGCGCGGUUGGCCAUAUGAGCAAGGCGAUAGAUCACGUCUGUUGCACCGGCUAUUGGAGAUCACACUUUGCAUAAAGACGCCGCAUGCAUUGAUGGAUCGAAUCAACAUUUGGUCGCACGUGUGUGGUUCGCGGUACGCCGAGGACAUUGAGAACGAACAUUGCCUGGUGGGGACGGACCUUUCGCCAGAGUUUGCUCAACAACUGAUGGGCUUUCUAACGACAACGUUAUUCUUUCGCUCCUUUGCAUAUCUGGAAAUGCUCGACGACGAUGAAUUCGAUGAUAAUUCCGAAACUGAGUUGAAUCGGUUCCAAAAUCAGAGUAUCGAUUUGAUUUGUCAGCUGUUGCGUUUCUUGGAGCCACCGAUGUUGGAGGAAACAAUGAUGGCGCUGCUGGAAAACAAUUCGUCAAGCCCAUAUGUGGAUGGUAACACCUUUUUCCGAGGGAUGGCCCAGGCAACGCAAGGCAACGCGCAACUGCUCCAACGGUAUGAAGAUGAACGUAUGACGCGUCUCUGCAUGGUGGAUUAUAUAACUGCCUGUAACCUGGUGGUCGAAAUGGCGAUGGUGUUGUACGGGAGGCAUCCGGUGAUUGAUUUUGCAUUGCACCAAACAACCGUCGGCCACAUUCAAUUGUUUUUCGAGAUUACCGAUGCUCUGGAUCCCGUGGUAGAUAUGUGCACACGAAUGGUUUCCUUCAAUCCCUACAUUUUUCCUGCGUUGGCUCGCCUCAUUAUGCAAAUAAAGCUGUGCAUGCAGAUCAGUUCAUCCACACAAUCAAACGAAGGCCAGACCUAUGCAACGCGUAAAAUAUGUGAUAUCGUUACAAACGAGCAGAAGUUCAUGCUUGUAACAAAACUUCCCAGAUACAUCAUGCACCAGAAUUCCGUCGAUCCUGCUGCCUGGACACGUGUCAUUAUUGCGACCAUCAAACUACUUAACGUCUACCUGUCCGAAAAAAUGUUGGGCCCGAAAACAAGUUCGAUGAUAUUUGAUGUGCUGAAAGGCGACAUUAUGCAUUCAAAAUUAUUUCACUUGGAAAAGGAAACGCGCAGCUUGGUAUACCGGACCGUAUGCACAUGUAUACUUAUGAUGUACGAUGAAAACAUCGCCAAUACGGACGAAAUACUACCGUCCGCAGUGCUGGAAAAGUACAUUUGCAUGAUCGCAACGGUUUUGCUCGAUUCGCGGCCGACCCUAUGGGAACACCUAGAAUUUGAGCACCAAAAGCGGAUCAUAGAAGCCAUUACCGACGAAUUGCAACACCUCACGUAUAUCAUGUCGUACUACGAAUCGCAAAGCAGCAUCAUGCGCUCCCGAUUGUCUUGUGCGAUGUACCAAGUGAUCGAACAUGUCCUGAUUGUUUUCCGCGGUUCGCUCGCUGCCAGUUCGUGGGUUACGCAUGAUAAGGAGAGCUCCCGGUUGUUCAAAGUGCUGCUGGAGUUUUGCAGCUACUCGGUAAGCACCGUGCAGUUCAAGCGCGAUUUGCCUCUGUUGAAGGAAAUAGUGCAGCUGCUGAAAGAGCUAUUCACUGCGGAGGAGAAAAUUGGCGUGCAUCGGCUACGGUCGGCCUUAACCCUCCUGAACACAUUCCGGCAACUGGUGAUGGACCCGCACAGUCGCACGCUUCUACCAGACAUCAUACGCGUCGUCAUUGACGAACUGCUCCCAGUGGUCGCCUCCGACGAACGCUAUACGGAAAAGGAAGAAUCGCUUCGGUAUGAGGAUGUUUUAAACAGGCUGUAUGAUCUGCUGCAUGAUUUAUUGCAUCAUCGCUGGCAGUAUUUCGUCGAAACGAACCCCCUGGGCCGGAUGGAUCCGGCGGUCCGCAGAAUCAUACAACCCGAAGCAUUUCUGGCCAUCAUGAACGCGUACGGUUACGCGUUGCUAAGCAACACCGGAUAUUCGCUGGUGGUCGGAACGGUAUUAAGGUCGCUAGAUACGCUGCAUAUGCGGCGAAACUUAUACCGCCUGCAGCAGUUCUCAGAACACUUAAUGCAGCAUUUCGUGAAGUUGCUGCUAAAGCUGGCAGUUUCCAACCCAGGCUUCAUUCACGUAGAGCAAAUAAUCAAGGUGCUCUACGGAAUGGCAGAUGUCGAUCCGGUCAAGUUGAAGACGAUCAUAUGUAGUCUGGGUAUGACCCACGACCUGAACACCUUUCACAUGCUCCGAACCGCUGCGGAUUUUUCAACCUUCCGGGUGGCGUUACUUAAGAUAAUCAACGAAGCCAAAGCGCAACCGCCAGUUUGCAAGAAUUUUGACUUCCUCAAUUAA